AUCAACACAACAGCAGAAGCAGCAGCAAAAUAUAUAUCCCCACGAGUUCACGAGCUAAUCACUCGAGGUAGUCGAUAGUCCUCUUCAGCUAGCUCAUUGGUAACUUGAGCUCAGUGAGGGUUGCACUGACAAAAAUGCAAGGCCUCACGGCAUCUUGCAAGAUCGUGCUCGUGAUGUUUCUGCUCGGCUUAGGCUUGGCAGGAGCCACCGCCGACAGCCGUAGGAGGCACAUCUCCAGCAGCCCUGACGAGCCCUGCAAGAAGAUGACGCUCUACCUCCACGACAUCCUCUACAACGGUGUCAACAACACCGCCAACGCGACCGCGGCGCCGGUCACCAAGCCGACGGACCUGAGCACAACGCACUGGAGCAACGGCACCUUCUUCGGCAUGCUGGUGGUGUUCGACGACCCGGUGACGGAGGGGACGGCGCUGCCCGUCGGGGACGAGGAGCCGGCUGCGCGCGCGCAGGGGUUCUACUUCUACGACAAGAAGGAGUCGUACAGCGGCUGGUUCUCCUUCUCGCUCGUGUUCAACUCAAAGGCAUGCAGGGGCACCCUCAAUCUUAUGGGCGCCGAUCCCAUGGACGCGGAGACGCGUGACUUUUCCGUCGUCGGGGGCACCGGCGACUUAUUCAUGGCGCGCGGCGUCGCCACGAUCCGCACCGACGCCACCGAGGGGUUGUUCUACUUCCGCCUAAAGAUGGACAUCAAGCUCUACGAGUGCUACGUCUGAUCGGGGUAAGUUAUCAAGAUGCAUGGUUAUAACACGCGGACGUACGCGUGUGCCGCCGAUAAGGAUCAAGGAGUGAUGUUGGUGCUGUUGUUUUUCUUUGUGAGGUGAGUUGCAUGCAUGCAUGGGCAUGUGGAUUUGUGUCAUUCGUGUAUGAUUCGAUGUGAGUUGAUGUGUUGUUGUUGUUUGAUUCGAUGUUUAAUUCCUGAAUGCAUGGGCAUUUGGAUUCUGUAUAAUUCGAUGAGAGUUUAAAUUCACAUUGUUGUUAUUGUUUAUGUAUUACUAUUAUUAUGUC